AUGCCAGUAGGCAACAGAGGUGGAGGGCCAACCGGCAACAGAGGUGGAGGACCGAGCAAUGAUCGCCCAGCUCUCGACCCGAGAACAGCACCUGCUCGACCCAACAAGUCACGAGUGACCUUCGCAGACAGCCCACAAACUCCGCGGGCAAAUCAAAAUGCCUACGUGCCAGCAAGAACGCCGGGUUCUCUCGCGCCCAAUCAAGGGUUCUCGUAUGCUCACGCAGCCCACAAAGGUAGCCAGUAUACAGCUCCGCCCCAGCACGUCCAGGAUGAGGAGAACCUACAAAGGGCAUUUGGCAACUUGGAUAUGAAUGACAGCACCAAUCUUGUCAAUCCUUCAAUGGCACCGGUGGCCCAGCCAGCACCAUCUCAGGUUUUAGUCGAGCCCCCAAAGCCGCCGCCAGGCAAGAGUCGAAUAGGCUACUCCACAUACUGGGCUCCCAGAGGCCACAAUGACCCCAAGUGGCUGAAGACUGAUAUCUGCUUCAAAGCACCAUAUUCGAGAAGCACCUUCAAUCUUGGCGACGUUAUCGCCAUCCCGUACCACGUCUCCAACAUGGAUGAGUACGCCGAUCCAAACGAUCUUCACAUCGCCAUCAACAAAGAGUACGGCCCAAUCUACUCCAAGCGACGCAUGUUCGUCGUUGUCCACAAGAACUUCGCCAGUCUCUUCUGCUUACCGCUCUACUCCCACAAAGGCUCAGGCAUGAAAAAGUACCUCGACAACGAUGACCACAUGAAAGAAGUCAUCGAAGUCAGAGACGUCAUCUACCGCGGCGCUCAGGGACGUUGGAUUCAGCAGCACAAAUUCUACAACCCGCUGGACUUUGUGCACAAGGAUUCUCCGAGGAAUUGUCUUAUCAAGGAGACGAUUGUGCAUUUGUCAGGAGGGGUGCGCAUCGAUUGGCAUGAGCCUGCGACGUAUGUGGGGAGAUUUACGCAGAGGUCGCAUGAGGCGCUUGUGAAGUAUUAUUUGCAGGUGCAGAGGAAGGCACAGGCUGAGGUUUGUACGAAUUGGCCGAAGGUUGGGACGAAUCCGAGGAUGAAUACGGAUUAUUUGAGAGGGAAGUGA